CGACGCCCUCUUUCAACCUGUUCAACAUUAUUAUUCAUUGUCACGGUUUAUUUGUAUUCCGAGCAUCUCACUGCCGAGAGCCGGCUGGGCCUCGGCUACCCCAGACGGAGCUUGCCCCGUACUGUUCUCCGACUGCAAUGAAUGUAUAUCAUGUCGCGGCACUCCCUAUCUGUCUCCCCAUCUCCUCUUCGCUCCUCCUUUUAUCUAGAAGCUCUGUGAAUACUUGAAUACUUAUCUCUUUGAAAAGUCAUUGAUAUCUGAUAUCUGUCCAUCUGUCCCGUGGUCGCACCAACUGCUCUCGUCAUGCCCGCCUCCGCUAGAAUUCCGCCCAUCGUUGAGCCCUUUGUCAGCGAACGGGCCAAAAAGACUCUUGACCUGGUCGAGGAGUUUGUCGAAAAGGACUGCAUCCCCGCUGAUUAUGUCUUCGAAGCCCAACUUGGUGAAGGCGACCAGAGAUGGAAGAUCAACCCCCCAAUUCUCGAAGAGCUCAAGGCCAAGGCCAAGAAGCUGGGACUGUGGAAUUUGUUUUUGCCUAAGAACCAUUACUCCCAGGGAGCUGGGUUUACCAAUCUGGAGUAUGGGUUGAUGGCGGAGUACCUAGGAAAGAGCAAAGUCGCAUCAGAGGCGACGAACAAUUCGGCCCCGGAUACGGGUAAUAUGGAGGUUCUGGCCAAGUACGGCAAUGAGGCUCAGAAGCGCGAGUGGCUCACGCCGUUGUUGGAGGGGAAGAUACGUUCGGCGUUUUUGAUGACAGAGCCUGACGUGGCAUCGAGUGAUGCUACGAAUAUCCAAUUGAGCAUCCACCGUGAAGGGAAUGAAUAUGUACUCAAUGGCUCGGUAUGUUAGCCUCACUUAAAACAUGGAACAAGUGCCUGACUAUCAGAGAGAAAUGGUGGUCAUCUGGUGCCGGUGAUCCUCGGUGCAAGCUCUACGUCGUCAUGGGUAAAGCCGAUACUCAAACCAAGAACGCUUACCGAGCACAAUCCGUUGUCCUUGUUCCUUCUGAUACCCCCGGUAUCACAGUGCACCGUAUGCUGAACAUCUACGGCUACGAUGACGCCCCGCAUGGCCAUGGCCACAUCAGCUUCAAUAACGUGCGUGUUCCAGUCUCGAACAUGGUCCUGGGCGAAGGCCGUGGCUUCGAAAUCAUCCAGGGUCGCCUGGGACCAGGACGAAUCCACCACGCCAUGCGCUCGAUCGGUGCCGCCGAACGAGCACUGGAGUGGCUUAUAACUCGGGUCAACGACGACAAGAAGAAGCCAUUUGGCCAACUACUGUCCUCCCACGGCGUGAUCCUGGAAUGGAUCGCCAAGUCUCGCAUUGAGAUCGACGCAGCGCGUCUUAUCGUCCUCAAUGCCGCUAUUAAGAUUGACACAGGUGACGCGAAGGCCGCCCUGAAGGAGAUUGGUCAGGCGAAGAUUCUCGUGCCUCAGACCGCAUUGACGGUUAUCGACCGCGCCGUGCAAGCCUUCGGUGCCGCUGGUGUCAGCCAAGAUACUCCCCUUGCGUACUCGUGGUCGUUUAUUCGUACUCUCCGCAUAGCGGACGGUCCUGAUGAGGUCCAUCUACAGCAGAUGGGGAGGAGGGAGAACAAAUCCCGUAAAGAUGAACUGACUGCCAAAAUUAAUUGGCAGAAAGCAGAGGCUCGGAGGUUGUUGAAUGAGAAGGGGCUCAAGAUUAACAGCCGUCUGUAAAUGUGUUUCUUUUCCCCCUCGGGGACUUAGGGUUGGGUAUCCUUCAUGUGUAUUUGAUACCUCGUUUUUAUUUAUCUAAAUGAACGCUCCUCCGGUUAUAUAUAAAAAAUC